UGACGUCGCAGUCUGAAGUAUGCGCCUCUCGAGCCUAGUACCUCUGCUGCUGUGCACCGCCCUGUGUCCUUCCAUGGCCUUGGCGCAGUGACAAUCUGCCAGCAGCUGGCAUGCGGGCACUUGUUAAGAAUAUCUGGCAAACGGUUAUCAACGGUGGCAGCAAGCCACUUGACAUCGCCGCUCGUACCAAAGCCGACGCGGAUGCGGGUAUGACUCGCAUCACCGACGAGAACUAUGCCAUCAUCUUCUCUCAGAGCCGUCCUGAUGAUGUCUGGGUAGUUGCUGUCCACGGACGUGACGACGACAUGAUGUCCAAUGCCUACUUGGAGACGCAUGCCAAUGCAAGUGCUCUUUUGAAGGGUAACGCGACCAUUGCGGAUAAGGCGGAGCGCAUCAAGUUUGGCCGCUUGGAUUGGAUGACAGACUGGGUCCUUAGCACGCGCUGGGUCUUAACCAAACCGCCAUACAUUGUGUUCGUCUCCGACAGUGGCCAAACAUUACGGUUCGCGGCGCCUCCUCGCCUGCCUGCCAACGGGACGAUGCUCUACGCUGUACUUGCAGAGGGAUAUUGGAUGAAUCUCGCGCCCUGGAAUGGCAGCCUCGCCCCCGGCGGUGACCUCGCGUACCUUGUCGAGGCUUACAUCUCGGGUCAUCAGCAUUUGUCCAAAUACACAGCAUUGGCUCCGAAGUGGAUAUGGCUUGCCCUGCCUGUCGUGGUCACGACAAUCGGGCAGCAUAUAAUGGCCUGGCUUCACAGCGGCGAUGAGGACGCACAACGUCAGCGCGAAACUGCGCGCCGCGCUACUGCUCAUGCUCGCAAGCCGGAGUCGGAAACACGGGCUUCGUAAAAGGGGUGCAGCGUUCGCGUACAAGCGACCGCAUAGAGGUCUUUGACUCAACAUCGCCAGAAGACAGGAGUGGGCAGUCAUUUGUCGGCAGGCCGUGCCCACGGGCGUUGGGCCAGCUCUCCUGACGCGAUCUCCACAAUCAUGAGGCGACGGAAGAACGACAUAUUCGACUGUUUGAACUCGAAUUUGGAGCCGAUCAAAUCGCGUCCGCGCCCUGCUGCU